AAAUCAAUAUCAAGAAUAUUAGAAAUCAAGAUUUUUUGUGAUUAUGGGAUGUCCUUUACCCAGCGCUUCUCAAACUGUGAGGCGCCCCCUAGCUGUUGGUGAGGUGCAGCUGGGGAGGCAGUUUUCAUAAAGGUGACUAUACACUGAACAGUUCUUGUGUAACUUUAUUGGCUCAUUUUACACUUCAUUUAAUGUCAGACUUUAGGAGGUAAAUGAGAGGUGGGCUGAGUAAUAUUCUUCAUUUCUUCAUGGACGUCCACCACCGAUGCUGCGGCUCAGGUAUAAGAUAUAUAGAUCUCUGCUCUGUUGGGUGAAGCCCCAGUAGAAAAGACUGAGAACUCUAGAACACUAUUCUGACUGAUAUUACUGAGCACAACUUUCCCCUCCACAUUAUAUUUCUGUCCAAUCUGGAAAAGUCCUCUGUCCAUUCAUGGUAUUGGAGAUAUUGUGCAGCUGGAAGGAAGCAACAUGGCCGCCAGGCUGUGGUGAUGUCACAUUCUAUAUGACAUCACAAUGUAUCAGAGUCUAUGACACCCCUGCGCACAGACAUCUCAGCACCAUUUCUUUGCUGCGGUGAAGAAGUGACCGGAAGUGUGAGCUAGUUUCUAACAGAAUUAGCGAUUUCUUCCAGUUUUCUUGAUUUAUUUUAUUGUUAAUUGAGGCCAACACCACCAGAGCCUAGAGAGGACACAAGUCUGCCCGAGAACCCAUGGGUUCUCGGGAGCUGCGGCUCCUGACCGCCGAUAAUGAGGCGUGGCUUCGUCGACCUGAGAAUGCGGGUCAGACUAUUCUACGUGAGCGACUGAGAUUGCGCACAAGAGGAGCUCCAUACCAAACUGGACCACCCCCGAGCAGGCCACGGGACCGGAGGAGGCAGGCCAUAGAGGCGCUACCUAGGAGGAAAAUACCCCCUGGAGAGACCCAGACCUGCCCCAUCUGCCUGGCUGACUAUGACAGCGGUGAGGAAGUGACAGUACUCCCAUGCAGCCACAUGUUCCAUCACCUGUGUAUCGGCCAAUGGCUUCGAACAAACGACAGAUGUCCGAUGUGCCGGGGGCGUUGUAUUCAUCUGAGGACUUAAAUAUCUAAAAGCCUCUGCUCCUCCCCCUCCCCCUUUCCCCACCCCUCCCCCAUCUUCCUUCCCAACCCUACCUUUCCUCCUUAUCAUUAUAAUAAAAUAAUGAU